AUGUCGACAGCUAUUGUGGUGGAAUUGCCACUACUUGUGGAUUUGGCACUCGGAACACCUCAGGUGGGUGCCGUAAAUUUCAACAUUCUGCACUCCUUGCUGCAUGUGAUGAUUCAGCAACUAAAUUUAGCAGACACCCUGGUCGAAUUUCGGGGAAGAACCAGCGUCUGCAUAAACAAUGUCCUGACGACAACCCAAGCAGGACCUUCUUUGGCGAUGUCCGAAUUCGAAUUGCAAGGCCCUGCUGAACUGUCUCAAGGGCGGUAUCAUCCAAGUGGAAAAAUGGCAACUAUUUCGGAAGUUGCGCCAAGUCCUUCUGCUGAUUCUGGAACGGAAUUUGCUAAAAAGGGUAAAAAAUUGGAAAAGCGGAAAAAAUCAAGCGUGCAAAAACUUGUAGUAGUGAAGCGUAUGGGUGAAUCCGUAGACGAAGUCAGUCCUGCAUCAGUAGGUCCAAAAAGUAGUGCUAAAUUUUCCCCGGCAACUGGAACGCCCAUGGGUGUAGUUUCUCAAGAAAAUUUUCAAUCUUUUGCCGAAAGAGUUGCAAGUAUUGAGGAGCAUUUGAGGGCCUUGGAGGAGCUUCCUAAUAAUAAGGAAUUGUUGGAAGCUGUUCGAUCUGGUCAAGGUAAUCCAGUGGCAGAAAUGUGGAAUGGCAUCUCAUUGUCCAAAAGAAUUGAAGCUGUCGAAUCUGGCAUGAAUAAAUUGACGUCGGUUAUGGAAGAACUUGCAAAAGAGUAUACUAACGUUAAUGUAGACCUUCAGGUUGUUAAAGUUGAUGGAAGUAAAGUGGAACUACGCGAUCGAUUGGACAAUAUUGAAAAACGUAUUUUUGAUAUUGAACAAGGAGCAGUCGGCAGACCAGCUUUAGGAGGAACACCGGAAGCCACAGGUUCGCCCUCCGGAGCAGCAACUCCGGUCUCUCCCGGAGCUGGUGGUGCAGCAGCUGGUGGUUACCAAACCACGGAUUCCAUGAUUUUAGGACUUCGAGAAGACUUAAACUCGGUUCGCCAGGAUGUUGAUGCAAUUGCUGCUAAUAUGAAGACUUUGACAGCCGUCGGAGAUGCUGCCAGAAUUGCCACUAGUGGUGAAGAAGGAACUAAACAGAUGGACGAGUUGAGGGUACAACUAAGCCAAGGGCAAGAUCUACCAGGAGCAGACAGACUGGCAGCUCUAGAAGAAAAGUUGAAUAAAUACUCCGGAAUGAUGUCUGGUAUGGAUACAUCAUUCAAUAAGCAAAUGACAGGAUUCCAAAAACAAAUGGCAGAUUUGGAGAAAGAAUUGGGCGCGAUUUUGGAAAGGAUCAACUCUGCAGGAUUGCCCAUUGGUGAUAACCAACUUGGCCAAGAAUUUACCGGUCUUGGUGAGUUAUACGAAAAGAUACAAAUCUUGCAAAGUGAUAUGGAGAACAUCAACUCAACUGCAACAGCCCUUAUGGACGACCGAGAACAACGCCAACAGCACAUCAAUGCCCUUCUGGAGCAAAUCGAGUUCCUCAAAACUUGUAAAGCUGACAAGGAAGAUUUGGAAGACGCCUUGGCUGAUAAGGCUGAUCAUCAUCUGGUUAACAGAAAAGUUUCCCAUGAUCAAUUUGAUGCUGCCUGUGAUGACUUGUCAAGAGGAUUGGAAGAAGCAUUGUCUAAACUCACUCAGCAAGAAACUUUAUGGCAACAAGCUCUGGACGAUGUCCAGAAGGAAAUUGAAAACAAGCUGGACAAAAUUGAAAUCUCGCCUCUCAAAGAUUUUGUCAAUAAUAAAUUAAAGGCUCUUCAGGAUCGCCUUAAAGCCUUGGCAUCGCUCAAGAAGGACUCGGAAGCUGCUGGAACGAAAAUCAAACUUUUGAGGAAUGUAAACUGCAUAUCCUGCGACAAAGACGUGGUGAUGAGAACAGAUGAACCUGCGCCUUCUAUGCCUGUCCAGGAUUCAUUGCCUCCUAAUAUGUCCAUGAAACCAUACCUGACAUACGAGCUGGACGCUGUCAGGAAACAGCAAAGGCAAUUACCUGGCAGGAAUAUGUAUCACUUUGAGAGCGCCAUCAAGGAGGACAGGAGGCUGAAGAAGGCCUAUGACAGGAGCAAGGAUGAGGAACUUGCCAAGAUGAAUCACUUAUGUAAUCGAUACUGUGGCGGUAGCCACACAGUGACGACACCUCAACAACGUGUCACCAGAAUGGGCCACUUCUUGAACCAAUGGGGACCUGAAGCAAUACAACUAACUGAAGGUACCAUCCGAGGAUCUGAUGGCAAGUUCUACAAAUCUCGAGAAGAAGUGCCGCCACAGGCACCUCCAGAACCUCCAAAACCAACAAGACAUAGUAUUGAUGUCGAUGUCAACAAGAAACCUGGAGGAUCACCCAGAACAAGCCAAGGAUCAUUAACUAAGAAAUCUGGUAACGUGUCACCAAAAUCUGCAUCCAAAACCAAAUUAGAAUCUGAUAAGAAGAGAUCAUCUACUGGAAGUGCCAACAAAAAAGUUUCACCUGCAAGUUCUCAGAAGGGCGCCAGCCCUAAAAUGUCUGCUGUACAAGAAGCUCCGGAACAAGAGAUUGCACCGGCUGUAUCUCCCAAGAGAAGUAAAACAUCCCCAGCAGAAUCAGUAACAAAAGCUCAAGUCUCUGGAGAAGCUGUAGCUGCUGCAGCAGCAGCUGAAGAACCUGCAGAAGCAGCACCUGCUGCUGAAUAA